AUGGAAGAUCCAAAAACAUUGACUGUGGCUACUAUCUGGAAAUUUGACAAGGACGCGGCUGAAGAUAUUAGGAAGCUUUUCACGGAAACUGCCAAUACUGGCUCUGGGUUCUGCAAAUAUAAGCCUGCUGAAAAUGUUUUUGUUGUGGAUAACUGUGAUGUUACUGGAUCUGCUCCCAAACUGAGCAACUUGGUUGCAAAAUACAUUGAUGAUGAGAGGGCUAAUGACAUGCUGAAGAUUUCGAGGAUUUCCCGUUUAGGACCGCUAAACACCCAGAGCGAAAAUCAUUAUGCUGAUGAUACAAAUGCGGAGACCAAAGGAACCCUUAUCGAUAUAGCUCAAAUUAGUGAUUGUACCAAGGUCCCGUUUACCAUUGAGUACUGGCAAUCGGAAACUGGAACUGUCGGGGUCUUUGAAAAAUUUCCAUAUGCCAUCAACGAAGUUUCAAGAUUGUCCGGAGCGGACGUUGCUCUUGAAGAGUCUGAUAGGAGACUCCGCGUAUCCAGCUACCUCACCAUCCAGGUCAAAGAUGCUCUAAACCGGCUCUUGAGUCUUCAAACUUCCCUUUCUUUUUCAAUUACCCCUCAUAUCGCACACGUUCUGAAUGUCUCCCCGGGGCUAGAAUAUCACCUCACGCUCCCUGUCUACUCGGAGCUAAACUCCCAGGCGAUUAACCGUAUCCUCGUCGACCCGGGAAGGAAAGAAGUAGGUAGGCUAUGCAGAAUGCUUGCAACCGUCAUUGUGCCAGUAAACCGGAAAAAUCGUGAAAGGCACUUCCCUGUCAACAUCAUAGAGCCUCCAUGCCCAACGAUACCCACAAAGGGACUGUCAAAACUAUGGGCCAAUUUCAAGUUCCGAGGCCUGGGAAAUGCGUCAAAUAUCCCACAAUUUGUUUGUUUGACUGUCCAGACAGCCAAACCAACUCAGCAAAGUCAGUUGGACAACCACAGCUCCCAUGUGGCUGUUCAGCAAGUAGCCAUCCCUGUUGAGAGGCAUCCUUUCUUGACCCAGGAAAAGGUCUCUCGUGUCAACAAAUGGGUUGCUGCGGGAGUUGAGGCUGGGGUAGUCGGUGUCGGCGUUCUCGAACCAAACAGCAUACUUCUUCCAAACCCUUCUGCUGAACCUGUUCUGCCAAGUCUUCCUCCAGGGAUUAAGAGGCGCAGGGCCAUCGUCAUCGAUACAAAGGGGCAUAGUUCCGGACCAAUCGAAACUUCAAAGCCCCAUCCGCUCUCGGAACCUGAUGAAGCCAACGAAGUUGCUUCUGCCCAACAGAAGCUCCAGCUGCCUGCGAAUUUUAAUGAGUGCGCCGACGAACAGUCGGAAUAUUACACUUCCACAAGAGGCCUCCAAGAAACGACCUCUAAGCUUAAGUUAAGCCCCAAGCCAGCUGCGAAGCGAGGAUCGGCCCAACUUAUUGAUAUGGAUGAAACCCCGGAGAUGCCAACAGCAACGAUACCGCCCAUGGCAUACUUACAGUCUAUUUUAAAGCCAACACAAGCAGGCCCGGAAUCGGAAGACUGUAGACCUGGAUGUUCAGUUGAGAAGGGUUGUACUGUCCAUUACACCAUGAACAAACAAGCUGGGAAUAACAUUCGAAUGUGUCAAGGGGGCAUGAGUAACUUGGAAAAGAAAACUAAAAUUGCGGAGAGUUGGGACGUGUCUGAUAUGUCGAGAGCAAUGACUUUCGAUUGCCGCCGCCCUUUUGCCAAAUCCAUUCAGCAAAAAAGUGAAUGUAAAACUGUCCAGCAGGCUAAAGAAGUUGAAAAAUGUAUGGCAACCACUAAUAACUUCCUCCGGCAAAUUGGCCUAGUUUUGAAUGGAGCUCGAUCCUUUCCAGGAAGCCUUUCUCUAGAAAUCCAGUUGGGUCUGAUCUUAAUCCAUCCCGCGGCAAUCGAGGCGAAAUAUAAAGAAUUUAUCUUUAACAACCGGUCAUGGAAUGUUAUAUUUCAACCAAAGAACAACCUCACCGCACCAAGCACAAUAUUCACUGACAGGCUGACAACGUCGGGCGCAGAUAUCGAAUACAUUGUUGAUUUACUGGACGGUGAAGGAGACAGUCCAUGCCAAAUAUUUUCAGAGGCAAUCUUGUCACGCCGCGUCUGCUAUGAGUUUCAUUGUUCAACCAAGAAUAAUGAGUCUUUGGUGGUCACCGUCGAUGAAUCCGGAACAGCAGUCGUCAAUAGAUCGGAAUGCAUCCUUGGCUCGGUAAGCGUUCACUGCGCUGCUCACACCUGGGAUAUGCGAGGUGUAGUCAAAGGGGCAAUUGAGUAUGUUCGAGGCGAUGAAGAAAUCGACCUAGCAAUCCAAAAUCUCAUUGCCAAACUGUAUAUCCGGCCAGACAAGUCCGAGCUAGAGAUUUUUACUCAGAAUCCUGAAGAUGGGCCAUUGCUCGUCACAAACGUUUUUGUCAAGCGUUCCACUAGACAUGGCUUCCAUAAGCAUGAGACUAGACCUUUGCAUAUUAACACUGCUUGGAAGUCUUCUCGAAAGUCUUCUGUUGAACACCCAAACCCCCAUUCCUCUAGCAGUGAAAAUAACAACACUUUGAGUGGCAGCUGCAGUCGUUCGAGAACAUCACGAGAAAUCCAGGGACCAAUUCUUCAAAUCACUGAGGUGCAAAAUCUUCUUUUCGGAGGUCAUGAGUAUGACAAAUCCACCAUUUGUGCCCUAACAGAAAAUCCAGAGGACAUGGUAGAAGGCCAUAGGUUGUGGUACGAAGUAUCGAUUAUAAACCUAGAAAUCGAGAAGAUUCUGCGCAGCAAUAAAUACCUUGAGCUUGGCGACAGGAACACUUCCUGGACUACCUUCGACCUGCCCGCUUCUGCUUCCAGGAAUCCGAACAAAGCAGACUCCAAAGUUACAGGCCCCCCUGCCGCGGCGAGCCAAAAUCUUACGGGUGAAGAAUCAGACAACCACACCCCAUCGGAGAUAUCAAACCAUACAGUAGAGAUCAGUUCAAAGGACGUUAGCGAAAUGUUCCACGCUGCGAACAAGAUUGUUGAAAAUAUCGAUGGUGUGGGCUGGGCUAAUUUUGGCCCGGCGUCCACGGCCGCGAAUAUGAUCGAUCGUGCAGCUUCGGCCUCGCUGGCAGCGCCGUCACUGUUUUCGGCGACAAUGCGUGUCCCGACAGAGAUUGGUAGGGGACGUCCUGGGUGUUUGGAGAGGUUGUCUAGUUUGAAUAAGAUGGAGAGUGCGAGUGCUGUGAAUGGGCUUCCCAGAACUGAUGUCACCGAGAGCGAGUUUUGGUAG